ACCAAGGGCAGCAAACAGAACAACUCUGCUUCGAAGGCUAUUAAUAGAUGUUGAACAGAAAGAAAAUGAAAAUAAUUCUAGCAUUGCCCUUCAUCAUUUCUCUAGUUAUAUCAACUGGAAUAGAUGGAGACCAUACUUCCUUUGAACCUCUUGCACCUCCUGAACCAAAAUCAAGGUUUGCUAUGUUGGAUGAUGUGCAAUUACUAGCCAAUGGACUUCUCCAACUCGGGCGUGGCCUUAAAGACUUUGCUAUCAAGACUAAGGGGCAAAUGGAGGACAUCUUUCAGAAGCUUAACAUUUUUGAUCAAUCCUUUUAUGAGAUCUCACAACAAACCAAUGAAAUUAAGGAAGAAGAGGAACAAUUGAAAAAAACAACUUCUAGAUUACAAGUCAAUAAUGAAGAAAUAAGGAAUAUAUCACUGGAGCUGAAUUCAAAGAUUGAAGUUCUUUCACAAGAGAAAAUCCAACUUCAAGAUAAAGUAGGGAGACUGGAAGAAAAAUUAACUAGAUUGUUUCAGACCCAGACUGAAAUUCAAGAACCUGAAGAAAUUGCAUCACUUAAAAACUUUGUGGAGCAGCAGGACAACCACCUCAGAUACCUUCUCAAAACAGUUCACGUCCAGCAUGCUCUGCUUGGCAAACAGCAAGAGCAAAUACAGGAUCUGGAAGAGAAGCUAAGCAGCCCAGGUUUUCAAGAUGACACACAUAUUUUAUUUCCCCUGAAGGAAGAUGAAGCAAAGAAUAUCCAACCUAAUAGAACAGAGAAAAUUCAAGAUUAUAAAGGCAAUGCUACUGAUUGUACUUGGAUUUACAACAGAGGAGAACGAUCCAAUGGGAUCUAUUCAGUUAAGCCCAAUGGAUCCAAGGCAUUUAAUGUCUAUUGUGAAAUGAAAUCAGAAAGCUCAUGGACAGUCAUUCAAAACAGAUCUAAUGGAUCACUAGAUUUCAAUAAAACAUGGGAGAGCUAUAUGAAUGGUUUCGGCAACCUUGACGGAGAAUUCUGGCUGGGCCUACAUAAGAUCUAUUCCAUUGUAGACCAAGGUGACUACAUCCUGCGCAUUGAGCUGGAAGACUGGAGAAAUAACAAACGUUACAUUGAGUACACCUUCACAAUGGGGGGUCCAGAAACAGACUAUGCUGUUCGCCUCUCCAAGAUUACUGGGAAUAUCCCCAGCGCUCUUCCUGAAGAGAAAGAAAUGAAAUUCUGUACAAAAGAUCAUGGUAACAACACUGAAAGAACAAUCAACUGUCCAGAAAGUGACUCAGGUGGCUGGUGGUUCAGUGCAUGUGAAGAAACAAACUUGAAUGGAAAAUAUAUCAAGACAAGUUCAAAAGGAAAACUAGAAAAGAAGAAAAGAGGGCUAUACUGGAAGCCUCAGAAAGGAAGAUCCUACCUUCUAAAAUCAACAAAAAUGAUGAUACAUCCUACAGAUUUUGAGAAUUUUGAGUGAACUUCUUCAGAACUGACCCAAAGCCAUAAACUAGUUUAUUCACAGCAUACUGAAGGAAUCUUUAACUAUUCAAAGGAAUCAGACUAAAGAAUGUCAUCUGACCUUAAGGUUUAUUUUCUUUACAUGGUUUGCUUUGUUAUACAUAAAAGCUCAGAGUGCCUUCAUUAUAGUCUGGUAUGAUCAAGAGACAAAGAGGGCUAUAGAGAUGGACAAGGGUAGCCAGUCUUCCAGAUCUACUGCUGGCUCUGGAAAGCCAUCGCUAGCCAGCUUUCCUCAGCAACAGAGGAAGACGUAUCUGAUUAUUUUACUGUUGCUAGGGAGUGGAAGAAAGAAGGGGCUUUCCCAGGCUGGGGUUGAGUUUCUCCCAUCAGUGGCGGAAUUGCCUGAGAGCUGCCUUUGUCAAGAGAGGCAGCUGAGGGAGAGCAAAGUCAAUGUGCUGUGGACUUCAAAACGAGGCCUUCAGCAGCCAGCCUAUGGCACCUUUCCUCAUACCACUAGAGCUCUGAUUCCUUAGCAUGCCAGGCAGAUUAGGCUCUAUGGGUCAGGUGCAUUCUUCAGGCUACAAUACCAGCCUGACCUUGUCAGCUGACCCCACAAGCCAAUUUGGGCACAUCAGGCUGUACGAAACCCUUGCAUCCAGGCUAGCUUUACAGCCUGAGCACUGUGUUCUAUUAAGAAGCAACACAGACUCUCUGGUCUUGCCUUGGGCGAUUUUUCUUUUUUUAACCAUAUCAAGAAAAAUUGGAUUCCUAGUGAUUUUGUAAAAAAAUAAAAAUAAAAUGAAGUACAUAGCAA